UACUAUUAACAUCAAGACAGUGGUUACAAUGUUUGUUUUGUCUCUAAGUUACCUAGCAACAGAUUUUGAUUGUAUUUCAAUGUUAUUAUUAAGCUUAUUAUGUGCAUUUUAACUGAAAAUUUAGGAAAGACAUUAUAUCUGCUUAUAAGCAAAAUGCGAAAAAAAGAACAAUCUAUCUACUACCGUUACAAAAAGCUGCUGGCAUAUUUAGCAUGUAUUUCAGGAUAUUCCUUGUAUUUCUGUUCAGAUAAACACGUUUUCUUAUCCAGAAUAUGCUACAUUAGAGCAUAAGAAUACUAGUACAAGGGUAUUUUGGGCAUACAAAAAUCUGUUUCUCUCCUCAAAUGAACCACCACAAACUUCAAGUUGUACCUCAUUGUAACCAACAAUCAGAAUUAAACAGCUGCCCAUCCAUUAAUGUACCACUGUUCCAAAUAACCUAUGGUUUUGGAGAGGCAGAACAGUCAUUAGCAAGAGUUUCUAUAAUAUCCUAGAAGAAUGAAAUUUGCAGUACUGGGUAUUCAAAAUGCAGCACUUGGAGGACCAAGAGGCCAGAAGUGCUCUUAUUCUGCUGCAUCAAUUUACUGUUCUCUAAGAGAAAGAGCUGCCUCCCUCCCUCCACUCUCUGUUACCAGACUGUUGAAGACUUUAAACAACCAUCCUGUACUCAGCUCGGACAUUUACUAGCAGACAGAACAUUCACUAAACCAAACUAUAGAUACCUUUUCUGAACAAAGAAAACCAAACCAAAACAAAACAAAACAAGCAAACAAACAAACAAAAAAAGACACAAAAGAACUGGUGAGCAUUAAGUAAUAUACAUCUUUAUAAAUGACCAAACACGCAAUGAAGAGCAACUGGCAUACUUUAAACCCACUUGGGAGGUGCAAUUUCCAGUAGUUUUGCAGUUUUACAUUAAAUGUCUUAUCAGUAUAUAUACAAACACAUACAUGUUAACUUGGAAAUAGACAUAGCCAAGUUUUGACUACAAAAUAAAACUAGAUGGGAAUCUUUCCUUUGCUCCAAGCCUCCAUUUCAAGGAGGGAAGAUUGCAAUUUGCAAUUUAAUUCUAUUUGAUCAAUAUAUAUUCCUCUCCAAGUAAUGAUUAGUCCAGAAAUAAAGACUCACUGACUGGGCUCACAAACUAUAUUUAAAACAAAGUUCUGAACAUUCUGAAAUACAAGAGUCACUCUGUAAUUUCAGAGCAGUUGUAAUAUCUUAUCCCACUCUAGCAGGCUGCCAGAAAUGCUCCUGGAUAAGGCCCAUCACCGUUUGUUCUAAAGAUAUCAACUUUUUGGCUGGCUCUGGCAGGCAGGUGAGGACAUUUGGGCUUUGAUUCAUAUCUGAUAUACUUCUUACAUUUCAGCCUCGAAGGCAAAAAAUUUGGAUAUAUAUUUAGUCUGUAAAUUUUUAUUAAAAGGUUUCCAAUAUUGCAUGCAAUAAACUGCUGUGUUUUAUCCAGAAUAAAAAAAGGUAUGUGUGAAAACUUUUCCCAUAAAUAUCCACAUUACUUUGUAUGAAGGAUUUGAGCACUUUUUCUCCAAAAUGCAGCUGAAUGAGUCAUAGGUUUUCCAUGUAAAGAAAAUGAAAUUUCAUAUUGUGUUACUGGUAGCCCUGGAAUUAACUGCAGAGACUGAAGAUAGGAAGUCUAUCCUUAAACAUUGAUACAAAAUACAACCAAGGCUUCAAAGAAACAAUUAUUUUUGAUAUUGCAGUAUAUUGCAAGUGAUCAUCUUAUUCUUUUUAAUUAAUUUAAAUGGAAUGAGGAAAAUAAAUUUCCAGAAUAUCCAAACAGAGGGUUUUCUGUUUGCUUGUUUUCUGUUUGUCUGUUUGUAAAGUUCUACAAUCUGCUUGGAUUGCUAACACUUUCCUGAAGAUACCUGAGGCUGUGGGGUGGAAUCCAGAAUCGUUUUUAAGUAUUGCUUUGAAUUUACGUAUGUCAGUACCUUUUCUUCCAUUUUGUUAAGGAAUCACUGUCUGUGUUAACAUUUGAUCACAGUGCAAGCUCGUGUUUCUUGGUCAGAAUUCCUGUCAGAACGUAAACAAAACGGAGCAUCCAGACCGCAUCAUCGUCCCUGGACAAAGGCUUAGAUAUGACUUUAUUUAUACCGCAGCCAAGGCUAGAAGACAUGGCUCAAUUUUAAAGUGCUACAGGCACUUCAAUAAACCAAUUAUCAAUGAUCUUGAUGAGACUCGUAUUUCAGACCGCGCGUCUCCUGUUAAAACGCGCUGGUUCAUAACACACAUCUUUGCAUGCAUGCGCUGCGUUUCCCACAGUGGGACGGCAGGUGGACAAGCAGCAGCUCGCGCCUGGGACUGCCCAACCCGAACGGAUACAACGAGGGUUAUCCCGCGAGCCGCGAAGCAGGAACCGCGACACCAGACGUAGGCAGGGGCAGGGGCGGUGCUCGCUGACGUCCGGACGGCCCCGCCCGCUCCGCGCUCCCGCAGCUUCCAGAAGGGCCGGAGCCCGCGGGGGGGGCCGGGCCCGUGGCGCAGUCGGAAUUGCCGCGGCCGCGGGGCCCGGGCGGGGCGGGGCGGGCGGUGAUGCCCUUGUUUAUUUUUACCCGGGCGGUUCAUCCUCCUCGGCAGCCCCAGCGCGGCCCCCGCUGCCGCUCCCCGCCCUAGCUCCGACGGCGGCGCCGCCUAUAAAGCGCCGCCCGCGGGGAGCCGAGGAUGCAGCUCUACAGCUCCGUGAUCACCCACUACCCGGCGGGCGCGACCGCGGCAGCCGCCGCGGCCUCGCCGAGCUCCGCCGCCGUCUUCAAGGUCUCCUUAUCGCCGGGACCCUCCGCCGCGGAGGCACCGAGCGCCGCCGACGUCGCGGGCCCGAACGCGGCCGCCGAGAGCUCCGGCAAGGACAGCUUCGUUCCCGCGGGGGGCAGCAGCGGCAGCGGCAGCAGCAGCGCCGCCAUGCCCGCCUUCUCGUCCUGCCUGGAGGUGAUGCCGAGCGGCCCCGCGGCGGGCCCGGCCGGGCGGCCGGCGAGCGGCCCGCAGUUCAGCUCCUGCGCGCAGGUCACCGUCAGCCGCCGGCGGCCGCUGGAGCGGAUCGUGCCCAUCCGCAUCGUGCAGCGCGCCGAGGCCGCCGGAGAGCUGGUGCCGGGCUCGCCGCGCAGCCGCGCCUGGCUGGAGGGCAUCCUGGAGAGCGUGCGGCAGGCCGGGGGCGACGGCGAGGCCGCCGCCGAGGAGCCCAGCAACCGCAGCCUGCGGCUCAGCGAGCACUGCCAGGCGCUGCAGGCGGCGGCCGCCGGCGCCCAGCCCGGGCUGGUUCCCGGGUGCGGCCCCGCGGAGCGGAGCGGGGGCCCCGCGCACGGCGUGGAGGAGGAGGAAGAGGCCGCGGCGGGGCCCGACGUGCGGCGGGGGCCCGGCGGCAGAGCGGAGCGCAGCGAGAAGCUGGCGCUGUACCUGGCCGAGGUGGAGAAGCAGGACAAGUACCUGCGGCAGAAGGGCCGGUUCCGCUUCCACAUCAUCCCCGACGGAAACUGCCUGUACCGCGCCGUCUGCAAGGCCGUGUACGGGGACCAGCGGCUGCACGGCGAGCUCCGCGAGCAGACCGUGCACUACAUCGCCGACCACCUGGACCACUUCAACCCCAUCAUCGAGGGCGACGUGGGAGAGUUCCUCAUCGGCGCCGCCCAGGACGGGGCCUGGGCCGGCUACCCGGAGCUGCUGGCCAUGGGGCAGAUGCUGAACGUGAACAUCCACCUCACCACGGGCGGCCGGCCCGAGAGCCCCACCGUUUCCACCAUGGUUCACUACCUGGGGCCCGAGGACCCGACGCGGCCCAGUAUCUGGCUGAGCUGGCUUAGCAAUGGGCACUACGAUGCUGUGCUGGACCGCGUGUGCCCCAACCCCGAGUACGAGGCGUGGUGCAGACAGACUCAGGUACAGCGCAGGCGGGAUGAGGAGCUGGCCAAGUCCAUGGCAGUGUCCUUGUCCAAGAUGUACAUUGAGCAGAACGCCUGCUCAUGAGAGGGCCUGGGCCGCAGGCUGGGAGCUUUGCUGCAGGGACUGACAGAGAGAAGGUGUGCUGGCUGUGAUGGUGAUGCCUUAAUCCUUAAUGAAGCAGCAGCACCCCAGACUGAGAAGGACUGUAGGUUGUGGGGGGAUAAAUACAGACGUAUUUGUAAUAUUCUGUUGUAAAAACUUAACCUCGGGUUAUUUGCAAGCAGAUUUCUCUGUGUAUGUUUGUCUCCCCUCCCCACUGUCUAUUUUCUAUAAGAAUGUAUUUUUUGCACACUAUUUUUAAACUGUUACCUCCAUCUUCUACAUAUUACAUUAGUAUCUGGCUUUCAGCUGUACAGCCAAAAACGUUUGUAAACAGUUUUUGUAAAUAAGGCUUAUGAUGUAACAGCUAUUUUUUGCUGUGUUUUUUACCCAUAAACCUUAUAUUUUUACCGAAUGAAGUUGAUGUCAAACCGACCACCCCCCCCAGCUGAUAAAAAUAUUGUGGGUAUUUUCUUGCAAAAUUAAAAUAAUGGCUUUUGUAAAAGUGCAGCAAAGCGAGGACAGACUGCUUUUCGGAACAGUUGCUUUCUCUGCCUAGAGCACGGAACAGGUCCUUUGAGCCAGUUGGAAUGCAGCUACACGUGAACUGUGCAGGGAGCAAUUGACUCUUCUGUUUUUAAUUACUGUUUUGAGUAAACUGGCCUCUUGUUGCCUGGUUGGCUCACCCUCUGCUCCAUUUAUAUUAUUUAUCUAUAAUAACAGAACAUUAACUUGCAAUAGAAUGUUGUGACUAGAUAAUAGUCUCCUGCUUUGGCAGUAAUUGCCUUGGCUGCACCUCAGUGUUUGUGUUCUUGUUUCUGGGGUUAUGGUGUCUUUCGUGUAAGCCCUGCUUCUUUUUUGGCACUGAUGUUUCACCAACAAGUCAUUAUCUGAUCACAACAUUUUAUUCACGUGACUUUAUUUUCUAAUGAAGAAAUCAGAAAUGGUAUUCUAUAUUAUGUUUUAAAAGAAAAAAAAAAGUGCUUAAAUUGAGGUUUGUAUGGUUUGCUGGGUCAAACAUGUAAAUGUUUCCAAUCUGGAUUCUGUCUCUUCUACUUUCUGAUUAACUUGUUAGAUAUAUUUAUUAAGUAAUGCAGUUUGUACUUUUUUAUUUUGUAAUAUAUUGUGAUUUUGGAAUUUAUACUGUAUUUGUAUAAUAGGAAUAUUCACAGCUAAAAUGGAAUGAAUAAAGAAUAUAAUUUUA